AUGUCUGGUUGUCGACUGGGUGGAGGUCUUCUGUCCUUACAGUUGCCGAUGGACCCUCUGGAGUCCGGGGCCCAUUUCGCGGGACGAAGCUUGCCCGUAUGGUUGAUGGAUGAAUGUAUGCAGCAGCAUCAGCAGCAAUUGCUGCAUUAUUUGCAUCCCGCCUACGCGCCUCAGGUGGCCACGUACCAGUUGGCGUUGAAGGGAAAGAUCGAGGAGGAGAACAACUAA